AUGUCUGAUUUAGAUGAGGAUUUAUUAGCUUUAGCGGCAGGUGAUGAUGGCGAUGAUGAUAACUUGGUUUCAUCGAAGAAAAGAGGUAGAAAUGAUAAUGUUGGUUCAAAAAAGAGGAGAGUGUUGAACGAAUAUAGUGAUGAUGAGGAUGAAGAAGAUGAUUAUAAUCCUGGAACAGAGUAUUAUUAUGAGAAUGACAACGAAGGGGCUGAUGAAGGGCAAGAAGAGGAGAACCCGUACCCACUAGAGGGUAAAUAUAAGAAUGAAGAAGAUAAAAACACCAUAGAAAAUAUGCCUGAAAUGGAUCGUGAAACGCUGUUAUUUGAGCGUUUACAGGAGAUGCAGAAGUAUCAGGAACGGAAGUUGUUAAGGGAGCGUGCGAAGAAUAUCAGGGCGCAACAGCAGCAGAGACAAAUGGAGAACGAUGGGGUAAAGGUUCGCUCUUCCGGACGUUCUACUCGCACAACUGGACACUCAGACGUCAGAGACUCGAAGUUGUCUGAGUUGCGAAAGCAGCGUGCCAAGAAGAGCAAAAACUACGACUACUCUGCCUCUGAGAACGAUGAAUCUGACCGGUCCGAUGACUAUGCAGAUUCUGAUAAUGAAGAUGAUUAUGAUCCAUAUUACGAAAAGGGGAACCAUUAUUCGGAGGAUGACGAAGUAAAGUGGGCAGAAGAGGAUAUGGAUCGGGAGCCUGUGUUGGACGACUUCAAUAAAAUCAAGAUCGGUCGUUCUUAUGUAUCGAAGUUUUGUUUCUACCCAGACUUCAAUGAACGCGUCCAAGGCUGCUACGGGAGAGUAAAUAUAGGUAUUGACAAACAUUCAGGCCAUCCCAUGUACCGUAUGGUUAAGAUAGAAAAAGUGUUUUUGCAGAAACCAUACAACAUGGGCAAGCUUUUCACGAACCAGUAUUUCGGUGUUACACAAGGUAAAGAUCGCAAGGUUUUUCAGAUGAACUUUUUCAGUGAUGGGGCUAUUACACAACCUGAGUAUGAGCGCUACAUGGCUCAGCUUGCCAAGCAUGAUAUCAACAAACCUUCGCUGUAUAAUUUGAAUAAUAAGGCGAAAGAUCUGAAUAAUUUCGUGUCGCAACCAUUGACACCAAAACUCACAGACGAGAUUGUGCGUAACAGGUUGCAAUUUAACAAAAAGCUGACAGGUACAAAUGCUGUGCUAGAAAAAUCUGUUUUGAAGGAUAAACUGCAGUAUGCAAGGGACACAGGUAAUCAAAAGGAUAUUGCAAAGUAUUCUUCCCAAUUAAAACACUUAGAAAAGAGGAUGAGUUCUUAUGAGAAACAUCAUGAAAAUGAUCAGACGGGUAGUAAGAAACUGGGUGUUCUAACAUCUAAAAACCGUAAGGUAAACAUGGACAAGAUAAAACAUGCUGAAACCGCUAAGAAGGAGGAUACUAAUACAAUUGAUGCAAAGACCGAUCCUUUCAGUAGAUUGAAGACGAGAACCAAAAUAUACUACCAGGAGAUCCAGAAAGAGGAAAACGAAAAAGCUAUGGAACUCGCAAAGCAAAAGCAGCUCCAGAAGGACCAGGAAUCUCAAGUAACAAAAGAAGAAGAAUUUUUGAAUGCAAAGUUCAGGCGAUUAGGAGGUUUGGAAGAGCUCAUUAGCGGUCUAAAGUUUAAAAUCAAAUUUGACCACUGA